AUGCAAGAAAACCCACAACUUCUUCGAAGACCAUUGCCUCCAAAACUCAGCCGGGUGUCUUUAUAUCAAAAGAAAUUCCAUACAGCCAAGACUGGUAAAAUUAGGUCCCGGCAUGUUGCAUUCUCAGAAGAUGAAACGAUUUCAACUGAAGCCAAUUAUACUGUUCCUGAUAGUGUUUUGGAAAGGGAUUUACAAGCUCCAGCACCCAUCAAAGUCCAAAACAUCUAUAUUGAUCAUCAUAUACAAGAAAGAGUGACCACUCUUUCAACAGCCCCGAAAGAUACUAAAAUGGUUUCUUGGCACAUUCCAGAUACUGCCACUGGUUCCAUCUUUUUUCCAUCUUGUCAGUCAGCUUCUACUCGAGUUUUUAGGAAAGAAGCAAUGCGAAUGAGAAGUUUAAGAAAGCACAAGGAAGAGGUACAGUCAAAGCCACACCAAAUAAAAAUUAUUUACAUCAAUGACAAGCUGGAAGAAGUUUCUACCUAUCCAGAAUUAUCCAAAGUGUUCAACGCACGUUGGCCAGUCUUUACUACCACCUUUGACAAAGUGUACCCGGAUUAUCACACUUCACCAACAACUCCAAGCCACACCUAUGAGCCAUCUUUGAGAGAUUUAAGUGCAACCUACAUAAGCCCUCUUCCCAGUACUGUGUCUGUUAGGCCUGAAAGUCUGUGGUCUGAACGUUACCAACACAGUCUUACACAUCUCAGUAGAGUGGUAGUAAGUAUUACUCAGUAUCCUGGUAAUAACAUACCACCACCAGCUUUACCAAGGAAGCCUCGAACACAGUCUAUUAUAGAAACUAUUGCAUCAGAAAACGAAAAGGUAGAAAGCGCUCCUCCAGUUCCAAGACAACCAGAAGGUAAAUUUUUUGUUAAAAUGCAAGAAGAAAAACAAGGACAGACAUUUACUUUACAUGGUGAAGGUUUUAAGACAGUUGCAGCAACUCGCUAUGAAACACUGGCAGCUAUGACUGACUUGGCCAUAUUACACUGUCAACUAUAUGGAAGAAAUGCACUUAAUCUUAAGGGCUUUUUUCUCUUGAGUUGCCCAGACUUGACAUGCUUGGCUUUCCAAUUGAUAUAUCUUAAUUUAUCAUUUAAUGAUCUCUAUCACUUUCCCACAGAAGUAUUCUGUCUUAAAAAUUUACAAGUACUGAAACUGAGAAACAAUCCUAUCAAAGAGAUUCCUUCUGAAAUCAAACAACUUAAAUUUCUUAGAAUUUUCUGCAUUUCCUUUAAUUUGAUUACUAAUCUUCCACUUGGGUUAUUUGCCUUAUUUCAUCUGGAAGAACUUGAUAUUUCCUACAAUGAAUUCACUUUUAUUCCAAAUGAAAUCUACCGACUCAGGUCACUUGAAAAACUGCACCUUGAUGGAAAUUACCUGACUUCUUUGCCACCUGGCAUUUUAAAGCUUAACUUGACAAAAAUCUAUUUGGAGAAUACCUUUACCCAUCCUUAUUUUUGGGCAGAGAAUUCUUUGAAUACUCCACAACGACUUACUCAAAUUACUGCUUGGUUCAUAAUCGUAAAUAAUAUACAUAAAUUAUAUGAAAAAAUCCCAGUGAAAGCUAAACUAUUGCUAAAAUGCACGCGCAGAUGUGAUUGGUGCCACGGCCCCAUGUUUGGUAACGGUUUGUGUAUCAUCCGAUCCUGUGAUAUGUUUGGAGCCUCACAGCUUCCUAUUAUGUUUCAUGUCUGUUGUUCUUUCUGUUAUAGAAGAUUGAAGGAAAGUACCUAUUAUAUUGAAAGUAUUUCUGGCAAAAGAGUAGACCUAAAUGUGGAACCAUCCAAAGAAUCAUGA